AUGAUGAACAGAACUACCACGAUAAUCCCGAAUCUGUACCCAAUCACAACAAGUAAAGGUGACGCGUCAGAUCGCGAGAUAGAUGGCCGUGUUAACCGGCGAACGCAAGCCAUUUUCGGGAUCGGUGAUGGAGCACCAAAACUCAAAGCUGCUACAAAGGUUAAGUCAAUUUCUCAGCGGUAUGCGAUGACGCGCAAGCUACUCGCUGAGCUAAAAAAGAGAACUCCUCAUAAUUAUGAACAGAAGAAUAUUCCUAGAGUAUUCUAA